AUGGCCACUUUACCUGCCCAAUUAAGUGAACAUGUCAAUAUCACAAUAUACGCCGACGACCUCUGCAUCUGGGCCUCCUCCACCCGUCGGGAUGUAAUCCAGCGUCGCUUGCAAGGUGCUCUGGACAUUAUCGUAUCUUACCUCUCCGACCGUGGUCUUUCUAUCUCACCCAGCAAGACUGUUGCCAUGGCAUUCACCUGCCGGGCUUUCCGCAAAUUCCCCCUCCGCGUUGACGGCCAACAGCUCGCCUUCGUACGUCAUCACAAAUACCUGGGCAUAACCAUUGACAGGGAGCUGACUUGGUCCAAGCACGUCAAGGCCCUGUCUACCGCGGCGACUACCAUCCUGAACGUCCUCCGCCGCAUCUCUGGUUCGUCCUGGGGCCCAUCAUACCCUGACCUUCGCCAGGUGCAUAUCUCACUUGUCCUAGGGCUCCUGCGUUACAGCUUACCGGUAUUGCACGGUCUAAGUUCAACAACAGAGCGCGAACUUUUGAACAUCCAGGCGCGAAGCCUUCGAGUGUGCCUUGGUGUCCCCAAAACGACCGACACCUUCCUGGUCUUGGCUGAGGCGAAGGAGACGCCAGCCCACGUCCUACGCGACCUGGAGACCCUGCGCUCUUGUGCGCGGUACCGCACACGACAUGCUGCCCACUACCUACGGGACAUUCACCUACUGUAUGAAAACUCAGCUUUCGGGGCUGCUGUUUGCAGACUGGCACAGUCUCUUCCGCCCCCUCCGUCGCGCCUGGUAUACGCCCCACCUUUGUGGACCCUCGUGCUGCCUCCGACGGACCUGCUUAUUCCCGACAUGUCCCGCAAAAACGACACUCCUGUCCUCGCUGCGCGCCAGUUUGCUCUUGGCCAUUUGAAGUCGGUCCACGGUCAGCGUAAAGCAAUUUUCACGGAUGGUUCGGUUGUGUACGGCGCGUCGUCUGCAGCUUUCUACAUGCCUCACGGCGACACUGCGCAGGCUUUCAAGCUGCCGCAUGAAACUUCAUCCACUGAAGCGGAACUGACAGUCAUCUAUGAAGCGUUCAACGCCAUAUCCGGUUCACAGGCCGACUCGUGGUCCAUCUUCACGGACAAUACAACGAGCUCCUGGCUUCCGGCCACAGCGUACAGCUCCAGUGGGUACCCAGUCACGUCGGGCUGCCCGGAAAAACCCGUGCCGACAUUGCUGCAAAACGUGCCCAUACCACGGCUGUCUUGA